AUGAAGGGUUACGUCGCCGGCGCGCUGCUUUUGCAGACCGCUCGAGCGCAGCUUCCUCCUUUCCAAUUCCCACAAGCAGGCGCUGGUGCGCUUCCCCCUCUUUCGCUUCCAGCGGUCCCGUCUCCAUCGCUUCCACCGCUUCCACCACUUUCGCUCCCAGCGCUUCCGCCUCUUUCGCUCUCAGCGCUUCCGCCUCUAUCGCUCUCAGCGCUUCCGCCUCUAUCGCUCCCAGCACUUCCGCCUCUAUCGCUCCCAGCGCUCCCGCCUCUAUCGCUUCCUGCGCGUCCCCCUCCAUCGCUUCCAGUGCUUCCCUCUCUAUCGUUUCCAACGCUUCCCCCUCUAUCGCUUCCAGCGCUUUCGCCUCUUCUCCUGCCGACCGUUGGUGGUGUGAUACCCCCAGGCACAGAUGAUGUUGUGCUACCAGAAGCCACGCUCCCUAGCCUAUCCUCAGUCCUGCCAGCCGUAUCGCUUCCAGUCUUGUCGGCAGCAGGCACCGGUGUUCAGUCCAGUUCAAGCAUCCUGACUUCGGCCCUACCAGCCGUAUCGCUUCCUGUCUUGCCGGCAGCAGGCACCGGUGUUCAGUUCGGUCCAACCAUCCUACCCAACAUACGAUCGCUCGCCGGCGCGCUCGCGGGUGUAGCAUCGUCUGCCGUCCGAGGGCUGGUGGUUCCUACUUUGCCUGCUGUUGGACCACCACAGCCGGCGAUUACUCCCGGUGGAUUCGGUGCGUUUGCAUUUGGAGAUGAGGGAACUCCAACACCACCCGAGGAGCCUCUAUCGGACGCUUUGAACGGUAUCACCGAGUCAACUCCACUGCCUAAUGUCCCCAUAAACGACGUCGGAGUCACGGAUGCAGUUUCUCCGGCCGCCGGUCCAACGGGCGGUGAUACGCCACUCGUGGGUCCAUUGGGUCCCGCAGACAACGCUGCCAUCCUCCCUGCUCCUGUAGACCCUGCUCUGAUUGACACCGCCCCGAUCAACGAUGUUGCGACUCCAAUCGAUGCAGUGUUCCCUCCUGUGCUUACGUCAAUUAGCGAGGUUGCAGCCCCUGCGGACGAUGUCACGCCUCCUCCAGUGGUCAAUACGGUUACCGCACCUGUCGGCAAUGAUCCCUUCGCUGGCGUCGCGCCUGUGGCAGGAAGCACUAACGGGCCUCUCGAGAGCCUGAUUCCCCCUGUUGCGGCUGUGGGCGAUGGCACUGCUGCGCCUGCUGCUGGCUUCCCGAUCGUUGAUGACCUUGGCACCGUUGGCGCUGAGACUCCCCUGCCAGAUGUCCCCGUCGCUGAAGGGACGGACCCAUCGCUCAGUACCGAUCUCCCCGUUUCCCCGCCAAUUUUCGACCCGGGAAACAACUUUCCCACGGUCACUCCAGUGAUAUUGCCUAUCUUUGCGACUGCGGAGGACUUCUUGCCCAUAGCUACGCCACAGGGUUUGCCAACCUUCAAUGGCGGCUCCUCGUCAGGCCCUCUUGCAGCCGCUCCGCCAGAUCAGAGCGACCUCACUCCGCCAACACCGGAAGAGGUUUCUCUACCUGCUGUUGACAAUGAGUCCGCGCCUCCUCCACCAGAGGGGACCACUUUCGAACCGCCUCAAGUCAUCUCUGCACCGGUUGAGAACCAAAUUGGUGACGGGUCUGCACCAUUCGAGACUCCCAUCGAAAUCCAACCUGCGCCUGUUGACACGCCCAUCGAAGCCUCCGCAAUCUCUGUUCCAGUCGACACUCCCCUCGAUGUUAUUGGUGGACCCGCAGAUAGCACUCCUAUCGAAGCACCUAAUGCAGGUGACCCAUCCGAGGAGCCAUCCACGUACGACCCUAAUGACCCUAAUACCAUUCCUAUUGAGGCACCAACUGGAAGUGAUCCUACUGAGGGACAGAAUUCGUACGACCCGAACACUCCUUCCGACCCCUUCCAGCUGCCGAAUCCUUACGACCCAAUCCAGCAGCAAUCUCCGCCACCAACCGACUCUCCUCCCUACAAUCCUUUCACAGGUGCCAACGACGGGCCUUAUGUCCUCCAGAAGCUCCCGAUUGGUCCUUCCGGCUACGAUGGCGAUGACAACUCUGUGUAUGACGGCGAGGGUUUCAGCAGCGGUAGUGGGGGACACGGAGGUUCUCAUGGCAGUGGCGGUCCUCACCGCGGCCAAGAAUCUGACCCUUCCGCAUCUUACGGUACCGAAGACACCACCGAGUACGAUGGUCAAGACUACGGUAGCGAUUCUCACAGUUCAAGCAAGGGCUCUGGCAAGAAGCCGAAAAAGGGCAAUGGCCCACCUGCUUCUGGCUCUGAGUCUGACUCUGAAGAGGAGUGCCCAGAGUGGUGCCUUGAAGAUGAUAGCUCCAGCUCUCCCGAAGCCUCUUCCGGCGCGUCUGCCGGUAAUUGGGCCUCCAGCACCGUGUCUGCCGAAUACUCCAAGGAGACCGGUGGGAAGAAGAAACACAAGAAGAAGAAGAGCAAGAAGGCGAAGAAGCCUAAGAAGUCCCAUCGUAUCGCUGUCAGCGUUGACGACAAUGUUGUCUACACAAACGAGUACAAGCGCGAGGUUGCUGAUGAUGCGCCAUCGUCUGGCGGCGGUUUCUCAGGGUUCGUGUGGCCAUCCAAAAAGACAGAUGCCACGGCCGCAAGUGCUGACAACUCUGACAGCUCUGCAUCCAAAUCUUCAGAUGCCCCCGCUGCAUCGGCCUCUUCCUCCGAGAACUUUGACAAGGAGAUCUCUGACCAGUUGCAGAAGGGCUCAAAUGGUCAACGCGUCCAACCUGAUCUUCAGGGUGCCGACAGCAGCUCCAAAGUGGGUUCUGACAGCGGUGACGGCGUUUCUGGUAGCACUCUCCCGGACUGGCUGAGCGACCUGCAGAAGCCCAAGGAAUCCGGUGCGUCCAAGAGCAGCGGCAAGAAGGAAUCCAGCGGCAAGCCAACCGGCAGCUCCGGCGGCAGCGAGAACGACGCACCCAGGGAAACCUCGAAGUCUUCCAAGAAGAAGAAGGCUAAGGGCAAGUGCCCCAAGAGCUGCAAAAACAAGAAGCCCAGCGCAAGCGGCGGCUUUGGCGGCAAGCCCAGCGAGACUGGAUUCGGCGGUAAGCCCAGCGAGACUGGAUCCGGCGGUAAGCCCAGCGAGACUGGAUUCGGUGGCAAGCCCAGUGAGAGUGGAUUCGGAGGCAAGCCCAGCGAUACAGAAGCCGGUGGCAAACCCACCGAGGCUCCUUCUAGCGAAGGCGAGAAGCCCACCAACGGCGCACCGGAAGAGACACUCGUCGCCACCACCAACCCCGAUUUUGCGAAACCCACCACCUUGCUCACCCUCACCUCCCCCAAGCCUGACGAACCUACCGAAGCCCCAGUGCUCCCGCCCGCGGACGCCGCACCCACCGAGAAGGCCGGCUUCCCGGCCGGCGACGUGUCCUCCGGCGACACCUUCACGGGCUCCACACUCGCAGGCGUCUGCCCCAAGCAGUGCAAUCCCUUCAAUCCCACCGAGAAUCUCUGCGACCACGAUUCCACGGGCUGCACCACGGCGGGCGGUAGCAAGUACUACUGCGCAUGUCGGGCGGGCUUCAAGCUGAGUGACGGCGCGAACAAGGAUUUCAGCAAGCAGUUUAAGGUUCCCGGACAGCCGUAUGUGUAUGUCUGGCCCGGUGCGAAGUGUGAUAAGCCGUGUGAGAGUGGACUGUGUGAUGAGGUGCUUGUAAGGGAUCAGUGUGUUUAG